AUGUCUCUCCUCGCCCAUGCAGGAAAAAUCCCCCUCUUGAUCUUAAUGACUUGGCCACAAUAUGUCGCCCACACUCCUCCCAACCCUGUCGUCACCGAGCGGUCCGCAGCACUUCCGGCAUCUGUAGGGCGUGCGACCGUCCAGUUGAGGCCGGUGUGGAUGCGACACGUACAUAAGGCGAUGAUGGAAGCCGUCAUACUCGCCGACAUUCUCGCCAUUGCAGCAUUUUUUCUACCCGCCAGCAUUGCUCUCUCGCUCCCAGUCGACGAAGCCACUUUCGCCACUUGUGCACGGAUCCGCAUCACGCCCGCAUUCCUCGUCGGAUGGACCCUCCUUGUCGUCGGGGCCUGGUUGAAGAUGGCAUCCUUCCGCGAGCUCGGCAAGCACUUCACGUUCGAAGUCACAGUGCAGAACGACCAUCGCCUCGUCACAACCGGCCCGUAUUCCGUCGUUCGCCACCCGGCCUACACGGCGACGUGGAUCAUGUUCGUCGGGACUGUGCUCUGCGCUUUUAGCGAAGGGGCGUGGUUCAGAGAGUCCGGGUUCCUCCACACCUGGAAGGGCCGGCUCAUCGCGCUGUUGUGGGUGGCAGACCUCACGUACGCGCCUUCGAUGAUGGUUUUCAAGCGGGUGCGGGUCGAAGACGCUCUGAUGAAGAAGACCUUCGGGAAGGAGUGGGACGAAUGGACGAAGCAAACGCCGUGGGCGGUCUUACCGUGGAUAUACUGA